CUUCAUCUCACGACACUUCAUCAAUAAUCUUCAAUCUUCCUUAUCCAACAAACACCUAAACCCUAGUCUUAUCCAACAAACACCUAAACCCUAGUCUUAUAAAUCUAUGUUAAUUCCCUUCCUUAAACAAACAGUGAACCUCUGUUGUUUUUGCUUCUGCUACCGACUCUAAUAGUUCAAUAUCUAGUGAGGAUUCAAGAUAGAAAUAUCGAUAAAUAUGGUUUUGGAACAUGGAAUUUCAGUUGAUGGAGAAGAUGCAAAUGAGUAUAGUUUGUGUGAUGACGUAAGGCCCGGAGGACUCUACCGUUUUCUUUGUCGCCUGGCCAAAACAAAAGGCAAUGAUGUGGUUAUUAGGAGUUGUACACGUGAAGCAGAGGCUAAGAAUAAGAAUAUUUUGAAAGAGGAAGCUUCUGAAGCAAUUGCUAGAUUUUUCUACCAUAAUGCCAUACCGCCGAAGCUGGUAGAGAGUAAGGAGUUUAUUGCUAUGUGUGAUAUGAUUUCAAGACUCGGCGUUGGAUUUAAGCCACCGUCUAUCAAUGACAUCAAAGAGAAAUAUUUGAAGAAAGCAGAUAAGCCGAUAGAUAAAGCGUUGGAAGAACACAAAGCCGUAUGGAAGAUAAGAGGUUGCACUAUAAUGGUUGAUGCGUGGACCGACAAUAAGAGAACUACAUUGAACUUGUUCGCCAACAGUCUAAAGGGAAAAUACUUUUUGAAGUCUAUCGAUGCAUCUGAUAUGUUGGAAUCUGACACGCCUUUUAAACUCUUUAAAAUGAUGGAUGACAUUGUUGAAGAGGUUGGAGAAGAAAAUGUUGUUCAAAUUGUGACGGACAAUACACCAUUUUACAAAGCUGCCGGUGAGAUGUUGAUGGAGAAGAGGACUAGGUUGUACUGGACGCCUUGUGUAACACACUGCAUUAAGAUGAUAUUGGAAGACUACGAACACAAGAUACCGAUGUAUGAAAAGACAGUUACAAUGGCUAAAAGAAUUACAACCUUCCUUUAUUCGAGGGAUUCUAUUAUUUCUCUAUUGCAUAGUUUUACAAAAGGAAUAGAUUUGAUGAAACCGAGUAUUACUCGUUGCAUUACGUCUUACUUAACUUUAGACUCUCUAUAUGAGAACAAGAGAGCUUUGAAAAAAAUGUUUGAAUCCAAGGAGUGGAAGUCAACUCAGUUUGCAAAAACCAGUGUUGGAAAAUCAGUUGAAGAUGUUGUUUUUGACCACGAGUUUUGGAAAAACAUUUUGAUUUGCUUAAAAGGUGCCGAUCCUUUGAUCGGAGUGCUUCGUUUGGUGAAUUCAAUGGACAACCCAGCCACCGGUUUUAUUUAUGAGGCAAUGGAGCAAGCUAAAGUGGAGAUAAGAAGAAAUCUUUCCAUUGAAAGGUAA